AUGUAUGCUUCUUUGGAAUGUGGCUAUCCGAAUGCAAAUGUAUAUGGUAAAUAUGAGUAUCUCCUUCAUAUUGUUCACGAGGCCAGUGGCCACACUGGCGACCCUAGCGGCAUCACCUCGUGCGGUGAAUACCUCAACCAGUUUGUGGCUCAUCCGCACUGCCAACACAUCCUGACAACCUUGUGGUACGAUCAACUGCCGGGCUGGAGAAAGCGCCACCCGAUAUUCAAAUUACUACUAUGCGUGGGGUUCGUGGCUGCGCUGCCAUUCCUCGCUCUCGUCUAUCUCGUGUAUCCCCGUGGAUCGGUGGCGCGCAUUCUACGCUCACCGCUCAUCAAGUUUGUUAAUCAUAGCGCCUCCAUUGCCAUCUUCCUCAUCCUCCUCCUCAUUGCCUCUACCGACGGUCAGUCAGUUAAAGCCCUCGAAUCACGCCAAAUGACACGCGGACCAGAUCCCAAUCGAAUCGAACUCCUCAUUGCUUGGUGGGUCUUCGGUGAGUUUGCCGCGUCCCUCAAAUUCUACCCUUCUCACGCUUUUUUAAAGGUACUGAGAGCUCUGAAGUUCUUUCAAUCUGUAUUGCUCUGA